AUGCGCGCUCCUUGCCUAAGAAGCGGGAGGUGGCGUCAAAUGCGUCGAUCUUCUCCGGAGCAGGAAGGUGAUACCACUCCCCCCAUCCCGCGGAGAGGCUUCCCCAUUGAAAUGCAGCUGAGCCACCCUCCAAAAUCCCAUGGGGCCCCCUAUGGGGCCCCUCAAGAGUUCGAACUGGCCGUUGCUGGAAGGAGGUGCUGCAAUGCGGAGGCUUCGAUGGAGAAGAGCCUUCCUUGGAAGAGGUACCCCGCGGUGUGCCCUCUCAGAGUACAACCCUGGAGCGCCACGGUCGGGGGGGCCCCAAGUGAAGCGUGCCAGUUAUUGCAACACCCCGGAGAGGAGGAGGGGGAACGAGGAAGAAGUGACCUUGGCGUGGCGGCAGAGGCUGCCAGUGGGAGUCUCAGCACGCGGUCUGUGUCUCGAGUAGGCACUGUCGAGUUUUCAGCGAAAGCUGACUCCUGUUUUCUUCCAGCUUCAGCUCUCCCUAGCGAGGUUCCCCCCGCAGCAGAAGCUGCAACGCAGCCAUCUGCGCAAGCAGCGGAGUUUGUUUCACGCGUCGUGCCUGCUUCCAGUGCAGCAGGAGAUUCCGAGCGGCACUUAGCUGCAUCGAAGCAGCUAAGUGCGCUGUCUCCUGGCGAGGGCUCUAUUCUUGCAUCAACGGCAGCCCAGGCACAACACCACCAGCAGCUGCAGCUGCUGGUGCAACAGAAUGAGGAAGGGGAGGAGCCGCACAAGCAGAGGCAGCCGAGGCUCAGCACCGAUUCCAUCGUGGCCGCCCCUACAGUGAAGAGGAGCCCUACAUUUGCUCGUCGAUGGAACAGUGUAUGUGCUGCUGCUGUGGUUUGCGCGUCUCUCAGCUCAGAUGCAUCAGAUCUUGGCGGAGUCUUCUUGAGUGCCUCCGACAGCACGCAGCAGCAUGCUGCUGCAGCAGACUGUGGUGGUCUUGCAUCUUUGCGUUGGCUGGAGCAAGAGCACCUUCCUCGCAGCCACGCGAGCAGCAGCAGGCGCUGUAAAUCGGCAACUGCACAGCUGUGUGGGCGCUUUCGUAGUGCCGUUGCUGCUGCUCGCAGUACUGCAGCCCUUGAAGCGCAGAGUCUGCAGCUGCUGCUGCAGCUGCUUCUGCAACGCAGGGUGGACACUGCAGUGGCCUUAAGCAAGAGGAACAGCAACAAAAAGGCCCACGCCAGGAAACACCACCCUCUCUUCGAUGGCAUCCCCAGGGAUGUUGCUGCGCAGCUGCUGCCCUCGCCAGUUGCUGCUGUUGCCAUGCUUGCUGCAGCAGAAGCAGCAGCAGAUCCAUCUUCUCAAGACUACGAGGGUUAUGGCGCUUCCCCCGGCGAGGAGCAGGAACGACAAAGUUCCCAAGCCUCCGUACCGGAUGAGACGGCCAGCAACAAGUGCGACCUAGUGCGCGCAGAACUAGCAGUAAACGCAUUCAAGAGCAAAUGCGGGCUAAUGCUGCCACAGCAGCUUUGCCUGGGCCCUAUGGAAGCGGGUGCUGUCGUUGUUGGUCGUCUGUUGCUGCCACGGCAGCACCAAGAAGAGCAGCAAGGGGAACGGCCGCCGCAUGUAGAGCGCAGCGGGGUGCGCUUAGUUAUUGGUGAAGAAUUAUGGAAUGUGUUGCUGCCUCUCUUCAGCCAUCACAUCCGACCGCAGCCGCAGCACCAACAGUCGAAGAGGCUUCCUCCGCUGCUGGUCGUACGGCCGCAGCUCCUGUGUCUACAGAGCCGGCAGCAACUACUCGCACACGAUGGAGUCUUUGGGAUCGUUUAA